CCUACUAAAGCAAAGUCUGAGCCAGAUCGUAAAAGAGUCCGAGGUGCCUCUGGAGCGCAUGAUGAAAACGAUCAUUGCUGCCUAUUCCCAAAAUCCAGGUGGUUAUGUGCAGAACUGGACAGUGUAUUAGAGGGAGUCGUGCCAGCACCCUGGCUGCCCUCCGCGCACUUCUCGCUGUGUCGUGGCCUUCCAAAGGAGAUGUCCAGGCCUUUGUCCAACUGCUCUCAGUUUUGCAGUGGAUUGUGAGUUUCCUGCUCUUAGGGACUGUUAUGCUGCUGCUUCUCACCUACUUGGUCUUCACCAGCUUCUGGCCCAUUUCUGCCUUUUAUGUGGCUUGGCUUAUCUUGGAUUGGGACACACCUGAGAAAGGUGGGAGGAGUUCUUCCUGGGUCCGAAACUGGCCUGUCUGGAAUCACUUCCGAGACUAUUUUCCAAUUCAGCUGGUGAAGACGCACAACCUGCUCCCCAGCCACAACUACAUUGUUGGGGUCCAUCCCCACGGGAUCUUCUGUGUUGGGGCUUUCUGCAACUUUGUCACUCGUUCUACCGGCUUCUGUGAAAAGUUCCCUGGCAUCAAGCCUUUCCUGGCCACUCUGGCAGGCAACUUCCGACUGCCUGGCUUUAGGGAAUACCUGAUGAGUGGAGGCCUGUGCCCGGUGACCCCGAAGGCAAUAGAGUACCUCAUCUCCAGGAAUGGCACGGGCAACGCUGUGGCGAUUGUGGUUGGAGGGGCUGCCGAGUCACUCUCCUGCCAGCCAGGGGUAACCACCUUGAUCCUCAAGAAGCGCAAGGGGUUUGUCCGGAUGGCACUCCGACAUGGGGCACACCUGGUUCCUGCCUUCUCUUUUGGGGAAAAUGACCUUUUCCAGCAGAUACUCUUUGAGGAAGGCACCUGGAUGAGACGGCUUCAGAACCGGUUCUAUAAACUUCUGGGCUUUGCUCCCUGCUUCUUCUAUGGAAGGGGCUUCACCUCCACCCACUCCAGAGGAUUCUUGCCUUUUCCGAAGCCAGUUACCACUGUCAUAGGAGAGCCCGUGACAGUGCCCAAGAUUGAGCAGCCAACUCACGAGACGGUGGAUCUUUACCACUCCCUGUACAUCCAGUCUCUCUGCAAACUCUUCAACGACCACAAAGUCAAGUACGGGCUGUCAGAAGCAGAUGAGCUGAAGAUUCUGUAGCAGAGAUGCGGCAGGGCGCUGCUGCUACGCCCCGGAGCCAGGGGCUGCCUGCUUUUGGGACUGCUUUGGGUUUCACAUCAAUCCUUGCGGGUUUGUUCUCCAGCAAGUGCUCCCCCAUCUGCUCUUGAGCCUGACUGGUCUGCCAGGGGCAAGGGGCAUUUUUUACGUAGAACAUCCCCAGUCCAACCUCUGGCAUCUUCACCUUGGGUAAAGACUGAGCAGGGAGCAGUAGGAGAGGGCUGCCGCCAGGAGCGUACACUGAGCCGAUGGCGCGGGGUCCUGGCUUCAUGUGGGGCAGCCCCACUUACACUCACACGCUCCCUCCAUUCCCUCCUGGCCUGGUGAAGGUGGCAUUUGUAUCUCCAGCCACCAGCACUUCCUCCUCAAGCUGAGGGCCUUCAUGCCAACCCCCGGCUUGCCUGGCAUGACUAAUGGUUUGUCUGAUCCAGGGCCAGAGGUGCAGCUACAGUGGGGAAAGCAGAAGCUUGGCCAGGAGGAUGUUCAUGUCAGCGGGGUUUGUGCAGGAUUGUGCCCAAGACGGUAAUGCGUGUGUGGAGGGAUGCAGUUUGAAUUGUCCCCUUCAAGCCCUUCUGUGAUGUGCAAAGGAAAACACGGGUAUGAGGUUUAUUAGACAUCCGUGGCUCUUUCUGGUAAUGAAUCAACACUAAUAAAGUGGAUUACAUUUUCAUG